UUUUGGAGGCUUUUCUUUCACCAGUACUGUGUGUUGUUAAACUCGAAACAUCAGUAGUGGUGAUGAGAGUACUAUUAUUGAAGGAAGAACACUCUCCUACCCACAUUCUACACUUUACUUCUAACUUCUAUCCAAUCUCACUGUUCAACCAAACCACUGCAACCUCAUUUUUUCACCUUGUGUUUUGUUGAUCUCACUCACUGUCUUUCUGGGGCCGAAAAAAUGCCACAACAUUGAUCAAAGGGGUUUCCAUGAAGCCUUAUUGCAAGGAUCACCAGAAAUAAAGGACAAGGAAAGAUGCCGUCUAGUCAUACAUUUGGAUGUGCAUUCAUUCUGUGCCAAAAUUGUCAAAAAUCAUUCUCUUAUUGAGUCAUCAACUACAAGGACAAAACAGCUGGCAGAGUCCAGCUGUUUUUGUCAGCUUCACUACCAGAAACCCAGUUGCCAGAGCAAUUCUUUCUGUUUUGCCAAUCCAGGAUCAUUGAUAUCUCAUAUCAUAUUUGGUCAAUUGAUUGAGGAGGCAAUUCUGGAAGAGGCAGUGCAGUAUUUUCCUCUUGUAUUCUGUGAUUGCUUCUGAUAUAGGAUAUGGCUGUUCAUACACCUCCAAGUUCAUGUUUUGGAGCUAAGAAGUAUCAGGCUCUAGCACCAUUGAGAAUUUUAAGGGGUCUGGUGUGUCUACUGGUUCUGCUUUCAACAGCAUUUAUAAUGUUAGUGUUCUUUGGCUUUAUAAGUGCUGUUAUAGUUCGACUUCUUAGUGUCCGUUACAGCAGGAGAGCAACUUCCUUUUUCUUUGGUGCUUGGCUUGCCUUGUGGCCCUUUCUGUUUGAAAAGAUCAACAAGACUAAGGUUGUGUUUUCUGGAGACGAUGUUCCUUGUAGAGAACGGAUCUUACUGAUCGCGAAUCAUAGAACCGAGGUUGAUUGGAUGUAUUUAUGGGACCUUGCCUUGAGGAAGGGAUGCCUUGGAUACAUAAAAUAUAUACUUAAGAGCAGCUUGAUGAGACUUCCAGUUUUUGGUUGGUCAUUUCACAUACUAGAGUUCAUCCCAGUGGAAAGAAAGUGGGAGGCAGAUGAAUCAAUCAUGCGCCAUAUGCUUUCAACAUUCAAGAAUCCACAAGAUCCUCUCUGGCUUGCUCUUUUCCCAGAAGGCACUGAUUUUACUGACCAAAAGUGCCUUCGGAGUCAAAAAUAUGCUGCUGAACAUGGGUUACCAGUUCUGAAAAAUGUUCUACUUCCAAAGACAAAGGGCUUCUGCGCCUGCUUGCAAGAGUUGAGGGAAUCUCUCACUGCAGUUUAUGAUGUUACCAUUGGCUACAAAAACCGCUGCCCUUCUUUCUUGGACAAUGUCUUUGGGGUGGAUCCUUCUGAAGUUCAUAUACAUAUUCACCGCAUCCCCAUCGAUACUAUCCCAGAAUCUGAAACUGAAAUGUCCACUUGGUUGAUAAAUAGAUUCCAGUUGAAGGACCAGUUGCUUUCAAAAUUUCAAGUCCAAGGUCAGUUUCCUGAUCCAGCAACACAAAGGGACCUGUCUAGUGUGAAGAGCAUUUUGAACUGUAUGACAAUUGUUGCCGUGACAGGCACAUGCAUGUACUACAGUUUUUCCUCUGUCUGGUUUAAACUUUAUGUGUCUCUAGUCUGUGCUUAUUUGGUUCCAGCCACCUAUUUCAAUAUUCGGCCACAGCCCAUUCUUAGCCUCUUGAAGAUGAGAUCAAGUUGCCACCUUUCAAAUACAUGAAUAGUUGGAAGGUACUGUCUUUUGUUGUAUGACUGCUGUUAUAGUAUACAAGUAUGGAACUUGAUAUUACCACGUUUUGGCUUAUUGUUCUCAUUGCUCAAGCAUAAUUUGCAACUUCACAGGUCUUAUGUUUUUUAUACCACCUCUUUCCUGUUUAAUAUGUAACAAGUUUUUGUCACAA